AUGGAUCUGAGAGCCAUCAUAUUCCUUCUUUUGCUGCAGCUCGUCGCCCUCUGCUAUGCACGACCUAGCUGGCACCAGGCUGUCGAUAACGAGGACUUGGUGGGUCCGGAUGAGGAAAGCAUCACAGAAACAAUUUUGAGGAUAAAUUCUGGAUCUUCUGAAUACCUGUUGGAGGGGGACAUUGUGAUUCUAAGAGGAAGGGCCGCCAUGAAAUGCAUGAACAAUGAACACAGUUGUUUCUGGCCAAAGUCUUUCACUGGCAAAGUUGAAGUUCCUAUCAACAUCGCGGACGAAUACACCAAUGAGGAGAAGGUAAGGAUUGUACAUGCCUUGCGAGAAAUUCAGACCAGAACCUGCAUCCGCUUCCCCACUCGCACAACACAGAAGUCCUACAUCAGCUUUGAGUCAAAAUCCGGGUGUUCCUCACAAAUGGGCCGCAUGGGGUACAAGCAGGUAGUGUCACUGCAGCGCUUUGGCUGCGUCCAGAAAGGUAUUAUCCAGCACGAGGUGUUACAUUCCCUGGGGUUCUAUCACGAGCAUACGCGCAGCAACCGUGACCAACACAUCCUCAUCCACUGGGAUAACAUCGAGAAGUAUGGAAGACAAAAUUUCAUAAAGCAGGACACCAAUAAUCUCAACACACCUUAUGACUAUUCCUCCCUAAUGCACUCUGGAAGAACCGCCUUUGGAAUUAAUGGGGCCGUCACCAUAACACCCAUCCCUGACAGCUCAGUGGAGAUCGGCCAGCGGAGACACCUCUCUGAUCUGGAUAUUAUCCGGAUCAAUCGCCUCUACAAGUGCUUCCAUGACGAAAUGUAG